UAAUAGGAAAAACAGUCGCUCUUAAGCCACAACGCAUAGAGUUACAGCUGGCAAUAAAUUUCAACUCACGCUUGAUCAAUAUCGUUCUGUUCGUUUAUUCCUGCCAACUUUAUUCUUAUACAUCAUUCCUGCUGACGAUCGUAAUGGCUAAUAUUCCAACAGUCACUUUCUCUAAUGGAUACAAAAUGCCGAUGUUGGGCCUUGGAACUUAUCAGUCUAAUAAAGGCGAUGUGGAAAACGCUGUCAAGGAAGCAAUAAAUCUUGGAUAUCGACAUAUAGAUACAGCAUUCUUCUAUGAUAAUGAAGAGGAAAUCGGGAAAGUUGUCCGUGAAAAGAUUGAAGAUGGUACUGUAACUAGGGGAGAUCUUUUUAUUACUACAAAGCUAUGGAACACUUUCCAUAAAGAAGAACUUGUUAUUCCAACUUGCAAACGAUCACUGACUAAGCUUGGAUUGGAUUAUAUAGAUCUCUAUUUAGUUCAUUGGCCGAUUGCUUUUAAGGUAAGUAUUGAGUAA